AGAGGUGGAAAAGCCGCUGUCUUUCAUUUCUGCUGAUUUCGGGGCAUUGAUCGCACCACGGCGGGGCAACGAUGAAGGACCGCACACAGGAACUGCGGAGUGCUAAGGACAGUGAUGAUGAUGAGGAAGUCGUUCACAUCGACCGAGGAAACUUUAUGGAUGAGUUCUUCGAGCAGGUGGAGGAGAUCCGCGGCUGUAUCGAGAAGCUGUCGGAGGACGUGGAGCAGGUGAAGAAACAGCACAGCGCCAUCCUGGCAGCUCCCAAUCCUGAUGAAAAAACCAAGCAGGAGUUGGAGGAUCUCACAGCUGACAUUAAGAAGACAGCCAAUAAAGUACGCUUAAAAUUAAAAGCAAUCGAGCAAAGCAUUGAACAGGAGGAGGUGAUGAACAGAUCAUCAGCAGACCUGCGAAUCCGUAAGACACAGCAUUCCACCCUGUCACGCAAGUUUGUGGAGGUGAUGACCGAGUACAACACGACGCAGUCCAAAUACAGAGAUCGCUGCAAAGACCGCAUUCAGAGACAGCUGGAGAUCACUGGAAGAACGACCACCAACGAGGAGCUGGAGGACAUGCUGGAGAGCGGGAAACUUGCCGUCUUCACUGAUGAUAUUAAAAUGGACUCCCAGAUGACCAAGCAGGCCCUGAAUGAGAUUGAAACUCGUCACACAGAGAUCAUCAAACUGGAGAACAGCAUCCGCGAGCUGCAUGACAUGUUUGUGGACAUGGCCAUGUUGGUGGAGAGCCAGGGGGAGAUGAUUGACAGAAUCGAGUAUAACGUGGAACAUUCGGUGGAUUAUGUAGAGCGAGCUGUUUCUGACACCAAGAAGGCCGUUAAAUACCAGAGUCAGGCGCGCAAGAAGAAGAUCAUGAUCAUCAUCUGCUGCGUAAUCCUGGGUGUGGUCUUGGCAUCCAGUAUCGGAGGAACUCUGGGCCUCUAGAUUCACCAAGCAGAGAAGAAGAGGAGCAAAUGCACCAGACAUAUAUAUCACAUCAUUAGGAGAUACACAAACUCCUGUCGGGUUAUAAAUCAUAUAAAAACAAAAACUCACCAAAAAAAAAAACCAAAAGCAUAACUAGUGGAAUAAACCAUAUACGAGAGGAGAAGGGAUCAAAUACAUCAAAACGCUCUAUUUACACACUGUACAUGUAAAUGUAUUGAACAGGAGAAACAGCACAUGGGUUUAAAAACCUGUACAAAUAUAAAGCUCUUGAUUUGCUUCUUCUUAUUUCUUUUUUGGUUUUUCUUUCUUUCUUUCUUUCUUUUUUUGGAAGCGUUUAAUUUUUUGGGGAUGUUCAUUCC